CGCAGGAUAAAGUUUAUUCCCUUUCUUGUGUCUUUUUUUGCCUCUUUUAUAUUUAUUUUAAUAUAUGAUGUAGAUUCGCUAAAACCCAUUGGUAGAUCUUGCUAUUUAACACAUUUAUUAUCUUUUAUUUCAUUUUUGCUUUCUGUGAUAAUCAAUUAUUAAUCUAAGGUUUGUCAAAAAGGCUUCGCAAGCCGCGGGUCGAAAUAAUUAAUAAAUAAUCAUCAUUGAAAAUCGUUUAGGACCCUAUUCACUUUGCGAUAAGAAUGAACCACUUUUCUGCCAUUUAACUAAAUCCAAAAGAAUACAACUCACAGGUUCGACCGAAUCAUGGAAUAGCACACAAUCGAGAAGUGUUCUACGGCGUUAUGGUACUUCACAAGCGAUGGUUUGUGUUGUUUUGCGUACUGGUUACGUGCUUAAUACCUUUGUUUGGGUUUCCGAGGAAAAAUAGCCGGCACCAUUGGUAUAAAUAUUUUGAAUACCCGAAGGACAAAACAUCGCCGCGUAGCAAGAUCGCUGAGCCUGAAGAUAGCAAAGGACUGUAUACCUUGUCUGCUGAUGACGAGGGGAUGAGACUUUCACGGCACAAGAUAACCCACGCAGGGGAUCGGAAAUCGAGUAAACGACAAAAUAUCGAAGUUGCGGAAGUAUUGAAGGAUUUAGCGGAGCUCGCAAACGCUGUUUCAGAUGAUGUGAACGCGACAACUAAUUCGCAAAAUAUUACUACUGUAGCACCCAUUACGACUAUGGCACCCGAUACUACUACCGCUGCUCCUUUCACUACUACUAUUGCCCCAGCGACAACUGCUCUCCCCACCGGUACCCCCAUAGGAACACCAACUGGUAUCCCCACCGGGAUUCUCACGGGUACCGCCUCGCAAGCCACGCCAAGUGGGACGCCAACCGGGGCGGCAGUUGUAACCGAUACGACGGUAAUAACAACAUUAACGACGCCUGCAGCGGAGACAACAACAGUGGCUACCACUCCCACGACAGUCCCAACGACCCUUUCGACCACGGCGACUACUGCGACCACACCUAGACCCGAGACUACCGUAUUACCGGGCUUGGUCGGUCCUGAUGGUAAACUUGAUGUUGAGAAAUUGAAAAAGCUUCUUGGUCUGGGUGGAACGGGGCCUGUGAUUACUGAAGUGGCUGGAUUAGGCGGCAUUGGUGGCCUAGGAGGUCUUGGAGGCUUGGGCGGAUUAGGGGUUAUUGGUACGGGAGUUAUAGGUGCUGGUGCUGGAGGUGGACUUGGAGGGCUAGGGGGCUUGGGUGGGGUCGGGGGCUUGGGUGGAGUCGGGGGGCUAGGUGGUAUAGGAGGUCUCGGUGGCGGUGGGGUGAUUGCCGGUGCUGGGGCUGGAAUAGGCGGAGGUGUUAUUGGUACGGGUGGGAUCCCUGGCGGGAUUCUUCCUGGUCUUGCUCAUGGUAACCUCGCUGGUCUACUCGGGCAUGGUGGUCUUGCUGGUCUUGCUGGAAUGUUGGCUCAUUCAUUGUCUGAAAGUAAUGAAGUAAGCUUGCCUGAGCUGAGUAUCCUUCCCGAUGGCAAAAUCGUCAUAAGUCAAAACCAGGGACUCGAUCCAUCCGUGUCCAGUCACACCGUGCAUAUUGCGAUAUCUGGACUUGUAGAUGGCAAGCUUCCAGGGCUUAACCCUUUUGCACCUUGUGUGAAUAAGGACAUCAAUUGCAAAGACUGGAAAAAGCAGGGAGAAUGCUUCAAGAAUCCUAAAUUCAUGCUGAAUAACUGCAAGAAAUCAUGUACAGACUGCGCCCCAUGUAUUAACAUACACCCCAAAUGCAUCGAGUGGCAGAAAGCUGGAGAGUGCACCCGAAACGUGAAGUUCAUGUUGGACAAGUGCUGGAGAAGCUGCUCAGGGUGUGCUCCGUGUGAAGAUAAGCACCCUAUCAAGUGUCUGUUAUGGAAAAAGGAGGGCGAAUGUGCAAAGAACCCGGCCUUUAUGAGGCAUCAGUGUUGGAAAAGCUGCUCUGGAUGUGAGAAAUGCGAAGACAAGAUCCCUAUUUGUAUGGAGUUCGCGAAACGUGGAUUCUGUACCACGCACAAGCACAUCCCAAGCCUUUGUUGGAAGAGCUGUUCAGGAUGCGCUGCUUGCGUGGACUUGAAGCCUGAAUGCGAGGCCUGGGCGGCUCAGGGCGAGUGUCUGAAAAACCCUGUUUACAUGAGCAGUCAGUGUUGGAAGAGCUGCUCUGGAUGCUGUGUGGAUAAGAAGCCUGUGCAGUGUCCCUUAUGGGCCAAAGAGGGGGAAUGCGUGACAAAUGUACGCUUCAUGGAAGAGAACUGCAGACUAACGUGCCGCAAAUGUUGAAUGUAGGAACAUGCGGAAUUCUACGAAUACUAUCACUCUAAUUAC